AUGACCACAGCCCAGGCGCCCGCCCCGUCCAGCACCCAGCACCUGGCCGAGGGAGGGACGGGCAAGGGGACAGUGUUCAGCCACUACGGCGGCCCUCGACGGGGCGGCUGGAGACAAGUGCCCGACGCCGAGCAAGACAGCGCCGUGCUGGGGGCACGCCAGGCCGGGCGACGGAGAGGGCCACGGCGACUCCCCGUGACCCGGGACACAGUCCUCACCCCCAGGCACUGCCCCCCGUGUUCAGGCGCACCCCAAACCUCCCGCCACUCCGCCAACCAGCGCCUCGGCCGCACGUGCUCAGCAAGCUUUGAAAAGCCCGCCAACCACUCAUCCCACAGCGUUUCCGGACCCCAGCAGCGGCACCCAUCGCGGCGGCCCCCCCUCCCCCCAGGACCCCAGCAGCGGCACCCAUCGCGGCGGCCCCCCCUCCCCCCAGGACCCCAGCAGCGGCACCCAUCGCGGCGGCCCCCCCUCCCCCAGGACCCCAGCAGCGGCACCCAUCGCGGCGGCCCCCCUCCCCCCAGGACCCCAGCAGCGGCACCCAUCGCGGCGGCCCCCCCUCCCCCCAGGACCCCAGCAGCGGCACCCAUCGCGGCGGCCCCCCCCCCAGGACCCCAGCAGCGGCACCCAUCGCGGCGGCCCCCCCGCCCCCCAGGACCCCAGCAGCGGCACCCAUCGCGGCGGCCCCCCCUCCCCCAGGACCCCAGCAGCGGCACCCAUCGCGGCGGCCUCCCCUCCCCCCAGGACCCCAGCAGCGGCACCCAUCGCGGCGGCCCCCCCUCCCCCAGGACCCCAGCAGCGGCACCCAUCGCGGCGGCCCCCCUCCCCCCAGGACCCCAGCAGCGGCACCCAUCGCGGCGGCCCCCCCCCCCAGGACCCCAGCAGCGGCACCCAUCGCGGCGGCCCCCCCUCCCCCAGGACCCCAGCAGCGGCACCCAUCGCGGCGGCCCCCCCUCCCCCCAGGACCCCAGCAGCGGCACCCAUCGCGGCGGCCCCCCCCCCAGGACCCCAGCAGCGGCACCCAUCGCGGCGGCCCCCCCUCCCCCAGGACCCCAGCAGCGGCACCCAUCGCGGCGGCCCCCCUCCCCCCAGGACCCCAGCAGCGGCACCCAUCGCGGCGGCUCCCCCUCCCCCCAGGACCCCAGCAGCGGCACCCAUCGCGGCGGCCCCCCCUCCCCCCAGGACCCCAGCAGCGGCACCCAUCGCGGCCCCUCACACACGGAGCUCAGAUCCCAUUACUCCCGAUCAAAACCUUCCAACAAUGUCCCGCUGUGCUCACAAAUAAAACCCAGAGUCUCCACUGUGACUCAGUGA